CACCGUCAAAUUCGGAGUUGGAGAGGUUUGGCACAUUCUUAUCAAACAAAACUAUAUCCAGUAAUAUUCCGGUCUCCGACACUCAUAGCCCUCAUUUACCUACGCCAGAAUUCAUAAUAAUAACCCCCACCACUCCACGAACCCCACUCUCAAGGCGUCACGAAGAGCGGCGUCCUGGCCGACGGCUUCACUACGACCUCGGAUGCAUUUUUACGAGUAACUAGUAUCUCUAAAUGGAAGCAAACACAGGCCAAGUUUUGGGCGCUGCCGCGGCUCAAAGAGGCGACAAUGAAGCCGCCUUCAAACAAUUCGACUCGUAUCCAUGGGCACGAGAUCGCUCAUUCCUUCAAGGCCUCAUGGCAACCUUGGGCCCCUCGCUCGUCAACAACACCGCUGAUGGCUUUACCCGCCAAAAGGCCUUGAGCACUACCCUCCAAGCCCGCAUCUGGUGGUACAGGUCCCGUUUCAACACCGACAUCGACCGCGCCUUGUACGAGUCCUACAGUGCCUCCAAUCAGCCAUCGUGUCCAGACGGUGCCAUUCUCGCCAAACUCGAGGAGAUCCAGCAACGCAUGAGUGGCGCUGCUCCCGGUCCGUCGUCUUCAUCCGGCCAGAAUAUCCCCGCAUGGCAGCUGAACGCCCCCAAGGUCGACCUCAGCAAGAAGGCCGACGAUGGUGCCAACCACAACAACACCGGUGAUGGGGCGCCGUAUCCUGAGAACUUUCAGGCCCUGAUCGAGGCUGUGACAAUGGGCAAGCCGAUUCCCGGGAUCAAGGAGAUUCCGGAUACCGUUGUGCGACCGCCGGGGGUCACCCCCUUCGGCAAGAUGACGGCUCCCCGCAAGCCGUGGGAGAAAGACGUGCCGUCCGACACCGGACAGGGCAGUGUGUUUGGCGAGGUGGUGGACAAAGAGUUCCCUCCCCUGUCUAACGAGUAGCGGCUUGUUAGAGCUCUGGAACCGGAACGGCCAUCUGCAUGCAUUUCAUCUCUGGCUUCUUAUUGCAAAUCACACCAAUCACAGAAGAAUUGUCUCCCUUUCGUGCGCGCCAGCAGAGCUUCCAUCUCCGAUCUGAUGGCGGUAUAGAAGGCAAGAUUGAGAAAAUGGGGAAGGAGUAGGGCAGAGAGAGGGGAUAAGGGAGAAGGAUGAGAAAUGCAUUUGCUGUUAAGAGAAGAGGAGCUCGUUGCCUGUCUGUCCGAGCCUUGUCUCCUUGCCAAGAGGAAUGAACACGAAUUCCCUCCCACAGAGGCGUGGGAAAAGUAAUAUCAAAACAUGAAGGCCUAGCAGAGUCAUGCAAUAGCCGAAGGCCUAACUAGCGGAAUAGGCCUCAUAAUGAAAUAAUACUCGUCAUCUCAAAC